AACAAAAAAAUAACAAACAACUGUCACGAAAAAAGUAAAAAAAAUUCACGCGAGACAGACUUGAUUUUCUCGCCCCUAAAAAUGACUGUUUUAAAAGAAAAACUCUCCGACACCCGAGAACAAUACGAAAAAGCUCAAAAGCUCAUCGAGGAAGAAUCCAAAUCAGAUCCCGUCACGGAGCCAUAUCGUUCGCACUACAAAGCAUGUCAAGUGUUGCUCGACUUGGAAAAGAACAUUUUGAACGUUUUGCAAGACAUUCCCGCCGAUUCGGAGACCCAAAGAGCUUACAACGCAAUUUUGUGUCAUGUCCUCAAAGAAAUCGGUCGAAUUUACAUGUUCACCGAAGAACUAUCGAAUGGCGAAAAAUACUUCAAAAAAGCUCUGGAUCACAUCAAAGAAGCUUCUGCGACAUCUGAAGACGAUCCCAUGUUCAUUCCUGUGCUGGUCGACACCUUAAAUCAACUUUCCAUCUUGUGGUCUCAACGCGAAAAUCUCGAACAGUCGAAAGAAUUCCUCGAAAUGGCGGAAAAAUCGUAUAAAAAGUUCCGCGAAGUGCCCGGCGCCACAGCAUUGACCAUUUCUGACAUCUUUGGAGGCAGUUCGGAUGACGUCGAGCAGGGAAAAGGCGAUAUUGCGUUGGAAAAGUUGCAUACCCUGACUUUGUAUUACAUGGCGCAAGUUUUGGGCAACUUGGGAGACUUGCACAAGUCGGCAAACUACUGUCAUCAAACGCUGAAGCGACAAAUUGAGUAUAACGACUACGAACCGAUCGACUGGGCACUCAAUGCCGCCACGUUAUCGCAAUAUUACUUCACGAAAAACGCUUUGAAGCAAUCGCGGCACUUGCUGGCUGCCGCGUCGUACAUGCUGGACAAAUACGAGCAAGACAUUUGCGCCAUGGAGUUGUCCGAAGAGCAGAAAAAGACCAAAAUGGAUACUUUGAAUCAUCGUUCGGCGGAUGUGGCACGUUGCUGGGCCAAAUAUGGCAUUCAUAUACUCUCGACUUCGAAAGAUCGCCUCAUGCAGGACACGGAUGAGGAAGCAGAUGCCGCCGAAAUCAACAAAGAAAUGGAAAAUCUCACGUUAAACAACGAAUUUUACGAGUUCAAGACCCUCAGUUUGUCCCUGUACGAGAAUCAAGUGGGUUGCGAUUUUGUUCUCACGUACGACGAUGCGAAACUGGUCUUCGUCAAUGCCCAAGCAUGGCUCAACAAGGCAAAGGAACACUAUACCGCCGAAUCGGAAGCCACGGAAUACGCGAGAAUCGUGCAAGAUCACGUCUCGCUGUACAAAUAUCUCGCAUUUUUCGACGAAGACGACGCGAAUCGGUGCAAAUUUCAUCGACGACGUGCCGAUAUGCUCGAAGAACUCGUGCAAUUGCUCAAUCCAACGUAUUAUCUAGUCAUUUGUCGCGAAAUUUGGUACGAAUUGGGACUCACGUACUCCACAAUGCUCGAUAUUAAGUUGACGGCACUCGAAAAUAUUCCCGCCGAUCAACGUCCGACGCCGCAUCAGCUCAAUAAGAUCAACAAAUUGUGUGAUAGCAGCAUAAAAUCGUUCCAAAAGUAUCUGGAUUCGUAUAAUAAGGCGACGGAAACUAUUCCGACCAACUUAAGUGUGGAUGAAAUGCAUCCCGUGUUGUUCGCUUACUUCCAUAUCGGGCGGUUAUUUUACAAAAUUAUCACGCCCGAUAAGAAAAUGCAACUUUGGAACAUCAAAAAUAGCCUGAAAUAUUAUGAGAUGUUGGUCAAGGGAUGCACGGAGAAUGCCGAGGCGGGUGAAUUAUUGAAAGCGGAGAUGGGCGUUUGUAAGCAAAUGACGAAUUUGCUGCCGUUGAAGAUACAAAAGUUAUUUGCUGAGAUCCAAAAUGAAGGAAAUUAAGUCAAAACGUCGAAAAUUCGCAUUUUAAUUCAAUAAAAAACGCUUUUUAGACCAAUUUUUACUCCUUGUAAAAUUGAUGAUUUCCAAUUUUGCGGAUUUUACGAACGCGAUGAGCCCAAUCAGGGUUCUCUUUAUCGGGAUUGUUGUAAUAAACGCAUCCCCCGGUUGGAUCUUGAGAUAACGAGGAGUUAUAAACUCGUUCACACAUGUUCCAAAUGUCUCGAUAAAUGUCAGGUUCGCUAAUUGUGGUGUCGGUGCAGUUAUUCCAACACUCAAAUUGAUCCUUGUGAAGACAAACUUCCUUGAUGGUUCGUCCUCCGAAUCUUCCGUCAGCUGCGCGAUUUUUUAUUACCCAUGCAACCCAUAAACGGCCCUCAGGGAUUUCGCCUCGAGCUUCCAUGUAGACAGUUUUUGCGAAAACUUCCAUUUCACCCAAUGACGACAUGAUGAUGAAAUUCUGCAAAUGAAAAAAUGAUAUUAAAUCGAACGAUGAACGUGCGAGGGACUGAUAAAAUUUUGUUUAUUU